AUUAUCAACCCAAAGGGAAAAAACCCAAAAGAGCUAAUCGACACAGAAGAAGAAAGAGGCUUCAUCAUCGAAAAAAAGAGGCUUUAUAUAAAGAGAGAAAACGCUUGCUUGCUGUUGAUUCAGAGAAACAAGCCUUUUCUUCUCUCUCUCUCUCUCUCUCUCUGUAUUUCAAUGGCCGUUGAAGCUCGGCACCUCAGUCCCUUCCCCUCUCAACAACAACUCUUCUAUAACAACAGCGAAAUCAUGAACCCGGUUCAGGGUAACGUGUACGGUUCUCAGAUUGGUUACGGCGUGCCAGUGAUGACCGGCGGUUUGGCGUCGACGGAGGCGCUACUUCCGUCGUAUAAUAACUCCAUGAUGAACGACAUAAUGCUUCCGAAAACGACGCCGUGCGCGGCGGCGAUGCAGUCGGACAGCGGGCUCACAUACAACGUCCCCAUCAGUACUACUCUCCCAAGAAAGCGCUCCCGGGUCGACCCAAACCCGAAUCUGUUCACCUACCCGACUGCUCCGGCCAGCCAUCACUACAAGACAAACAACAGCAGCGACUCAUUCUCGUUUCUCGGCGAGGACAUCUCUCUGCAAAUCCAGCAGCAGCAGUUCGACAUCGACCGCCUCAUUUCGCAACACAUGGAGAAAGUGAGGGUGGAGGUAGAAGAGAGGCGAAAGAGGCAAGCGAGGAGGAUAAUGGAGUCGAUAGAAAUGGGGAUGAUGAAGCGGCUGAGAGCGAAACAAGUGGAGAUCGAGAAAAUCGGGAAGAUGAAUUGGGCUCUGGAGGAGAAGGUGAAAUCUCUUUGCAUAGAGAAUCAAAUAUGGCGCGAUUUGGCGCAGACCAACGAGGCCACCGCCAAUGCUCUCCGGACCAAUCUCGAACAAGUCCUGGCCCAGAUCAAAGAGGGGCCCAAUCACCACCACCAAAUCAACAACGACAACAACCAAAACGACGCCGCCGCGGACGACGCGCAGUCGUGCUGCGGGAGCAGCGGGAACGACAACGACGAGGUGGCGGGGUGGCGGGCGGUGGGAGAGGAAAGCGGGUCGGGUACAAGUAGUAGGAGUAGGUGGUGCAGGAAUUGCGGGAAGGAGGAAUCAUGUGUGUUGCUGUUGCCGUGUAGGCACCUGUGCUUGUGUACGGUCUGUGGGUCAUCCCUCCACACUUGCCCAGUCUGUAAAUCCAACAAGAACGCUAGUGUCCAUGUUAACAUGUCUUAGAUCAACAAAAGAGAAACCAGAGAAGAGAAGAAAAAAAAAGAUAAAUUUUCCCUCAACUAAAUUUUAGAAUCUUUAGACAAUUUUCUUUUUCUUUUUUUCCCUUUUGAAUCUUUCUUGUGAGUAAACUUUGUCUGUAUUUUUGCGACAUUUUACUGUUCCGGUCAUCUUUUCUGAUCAUGGUACCUCAAAUGCCUUGCGUUGAAGGCAAACUUUACUACACUUGGAAGUUACAUGUCA